CCUGUUGCCGGAAAUCCGUUUGGAAUGGCGAGAAACGAAGAGAAGCAGCUUGGAAAAUUGAAUCGCUUGUGGCUACAGAAAGAGAAAGAAGAAGGUCGUAUUAAAGAUGUCCAAGUGCCAAGGCCAAAACUUGCGACGUUAAAUUCAGUGGAAGCCGUGAAGAAAUGGAUUCCGAGAAUUACGAAGGAGAUAGAAUACUAUCUGCAGCAGUCUCAGUUGUCUCACUACCCAGAGAGAAAAAUAGAUGAGUUCCAUCAACACAUUGAGGGUCUGCAGAAGGAAUACAAACGCUAUUUGAACAAACUGCGCUUCCUGGACCCCACCUGCAAAACCACACCCUGGAAACCUCGAUUAUACACCAAAAGGAGACAGGAGCCACACAACAGUCUAAACACCAGCAAAAGAGCUUGCCACAAUAGCCUAAGAAGCCUCAGCAGAUCAGAAGAUUUUAAUGGAGACACCCACCCAGACGCCACUGAACAGCCAACAUCUCAUGCUACUGUACUACCCUCCUUAUCAACUCCCAUUACCACACAAGCUUCAGAUCUUCCAGACCAGGACCUCCCACUGUGCUUUGAUCAGACCCGGCUAGGGGUGGCGGUGGCUAGUUCACGGGUGGCUCUUGUAGGACAGAAACAAGACACUGGUAGACUGACACGUGUGCUGCUCUCCGGCCUGCCCAAUCUUCACAGCCUCCCACUGGCACGGAAAACAGCUACAGAAAAACAACAGCCUUCCAAUGCUGAAGUACCCUGCAAUAAAAACAUACUUUGCCUCAGCUGCUACUCGUCCUCCUCAGAAGAGGACGUCGACUGAGAAAAUGCAUUUUUAUCAGUUUCUAACAUGUGUAAUAUACAGUAUAUCAUUUUUUUUUCUUGGCUUUCUUGAUUUUUGUUAUUUUGCUCCGUGGAAUACAAAGAGCUUCUGUCAGUUGAUAUUCAAUAUGUAAUUUAGAACUUCAUAUAUGGUGCAUGAAAGUGAAACUUGAAAGUAAAACAUUUUCAAAUGAAACCUGAA